AAGACUGGACUCUCCUGGGCUCUUUCCCUUCGCAGUGAAUAUGGGAAAGAAUUAGGGGGUGGGAGGGAGGCAGCAUGACUUGCAGUCGCCGCUGCCCUGCAUCUGUCCCCAGCCCCCAGCCAGCAUCUUGAUGUUCCACGUAUCGGCUGUACAAAUAUGAUGAAAUGGCAGCCCCGGAAGAAGGCAUACUUCCGACAGGGUGUUGCCCUCCAGUACCUUGGACGUCAUGCCGAUGCCCUGGCAGCCUUUGCAUCUGGGCUGGCUCAGGACCCCAAGAGUCUCCAGCUUCUGGUGGGGAUGGUAGAAGCAGCCAUGAAAUCUCCCAUGAGAGACUCCCUCGAGCCCACUUAUCAACAGCUUCAGAAAAUGAAACUGGACAAGAGUCCCUUUGUGGUCGUGUCUGUGGUUGGGCAAGAACUCCUGACAGCUGGCCAUCAUGGGGCCUCUGUGGUUGUCUUAGAAGCCGCUCUGAAGAUUGGCACCUGCAGCCUCAAACUGAGAGGUUCCGUUUUCUCUGCGCUGAGCAGUGCUUACUGGUCUCUCGGAAACACAGAGAAGAGCACUGGAUACAUGCAGCAGGACUUGGAUGUAGCCAAGACCUUAGGUGACCAGACAGGAGAAUGCCGAGCUCAUGGGAAUCUGGGCUCUGCAUUCUUCUCCAAAGGAAAUUACCGGGAGGCUCUCACUAACCACAGGCAUCAGUUGGUGCUUGCCAUGAAACUCAAGGAUCGAGAGGCAGCUUCAUCAGCCCUGAGCAGUCUGGGCCACGUGUACACAGCCAUUGGAGACUACCCCAAUGCACUGGCCAGUCACAAACAGUGUGUUCUUCUCGCCAAGCAAUCCAAAGAUGAGCUUUCUGAAGCCCGAGAACUCGGUAACAUGGGAGCUGUGUAUAUUGCCAUGGGUGAUUUUGAGAAUGCUGUGCAGUGCCAUGAGCAGCAUCUGAAGAUAGCCAAGGACCUGGGCAACAAGCGAGAAGAGGCCCGCGCCUACAGCAAUCUGGGCAGUGCCUACCACUACAGGAGGAACUUUGACAAGGCCAUGUCUUACCACAACUACGUGCUGGAGCUGGCUCAGGAGUUGAUGGAGAAGGCCAUUGAGAUGCGGGCCUAUGCUGGCCUGGGCCAUGCUGCCAGGUGCAUGCAGGAUUUGGAGAGAGCUAAACAGUACCAUGAGCAGCAGCUGGGCAUCGCUGAGGAUCUCAAGGACCGGGCUGCAGAGGGGCGAGCAUCCUCCAAUCUGGGAAUCAUACACCAGAUGAAAGGUGAUUAUGAUACUGCACUGAAACUCCACAAGACCCACCUGUGCAUCGCCCAGGAGCUGAGUGAUUACGCCGCCCAGGGCCGUGCCUACGGGAAUAUGGGCAAUGCCUACAAUGCUCUGGGCAUGUACGACCAGGCUGUCAAGUACCACCGGCAGGAGCUGCAGAUCUCCAUGGAAGUGAAUGACCGUGCCUCACAGGCAUCCACACACGGGAACCUUGCCGUGGCCUACCAGGCCCUGGGUGCCCACGACCGGGCCCUGCAGCACUAUCAGAACCACCUGAACAUCGCUCGGGAGCUGCGUGACAUCCAGAGCGAGGCCCGGGCCCUCAGCAACCUGGGCAACUUCCACUGCUCUCGAGGGGAGUACGUCCAGGCCGCCCCCUAUUAUGAACAGUACCUCCGGCUUGCUCCCGAGCUUCAAGACAUGGAAGGAGAAGGGAAGGUCUGCCACAAUCUUGGCUACGCCCAUUACUGCCUUGGAAAUUACCAGGAGGCGGUGAAGUACUAUGAGCAGGAUCUGGCCCUGGCCAAAGACCUUCAUGACAAAUUGAGCCAAGCAAAAGCCUACUGCAACUUGGGCUUAGCAUUCAAGGCUCUGCUGAAUUUUAACAAAGCCGAAGAGUGUCAGAAGUACUUACUGUCCCUAGCCCAGUCCCUGAAUAACUCCCAGGCUAAAUUUCGAGCCCUGGGGAACCUGGGCGAUAUAUUCAUCUGUAAAAAAGAUAUCAGUGGUGCAAUAAAAUUCUAUGAGCAGCAGCUGGGCUUGGCUCACCAUGUAAAGGACAGAAGACUGGAGGCCAGUGCAUAUGCAGCCCUGGGCACCGCAUACCGAAUGAUCCAGAAACACGACAAGGCCUUGGGUUAUCACACACAGGAACUGGAGGUAUAUCAGGAGCUGAGCGACUUGCCGGGAGAGUGCAGAGCUCAUGGGCACCUGGCAGCCGUCUACAUGGCCCUUGGGAAAUACACGAUGGCAUUCAAGUGUUAUGAAGAGCAGCUGGAUCUAGGGCAGAAGCUGAAAGAUCCGAGUCUAGAAGCUCAGGUCUAUGGCAACAUGGGCAUCACAAAGAUGAACAUGAAUGUGAUGGAAGAAGCCAUCGGCUACUUCGAGCAGCAGCUGGCCAUGCUGCAGCAGCUGAGUGGAAAUGAGUCUGUGCUCGACAGGGGCCGGGCCUAUGGCAACCUGGGGGAUUGCUACGAGGCCCUGGGUGACUAUGAGGAAGCUAUAAAAUACUAUGAACAAUAUUUAUCUGUUGCCCAGAGUCUAAAUCGCAUGCAAGACCAAGCCAAGGCUUACCGGGGCCUGGGAAAUGGACACAGGGCAAUGGGGAGCUUGCAGCAAGCCCUUGUGUGCUUUGAAAAGAGGCUCGUGGUUGCCCAUGAGCUCGGGGAGGCCUUUAAUAAAGCCCAGGCCUAUGGAGAGCUGGGAAGUCUGCACAGUCAAUUAGGGAAUUACGAACAAGCCAUUUCCUGCCUUGAACGCCAGCUGAACAUUGCUAGAGAGAUGAAAGACCGAGCUCUGGAAAGUGAUGCUGCCUGUGGCCUGGGGGGCGUUUACCAGCAGAUGGGGGAAUACGAUACAGCCCUGCAGUACCACCAGCUGGAUCUGCAGAUAGCAGAGGAAACCAACAACCCCACGUGCCAGGGACGGGCCUAUGGGAACCUGGGCCUGACCUACGAGUCCCUGGGCACCUUUGAGAGGGCCGUGGUCUAUCAAGAACAGCACUUGAGCAUCGCUGCACAGAUGAACGACUUGGUGGCCAAGACGGUGUCUUAUAGUAGCCUUGGAAGGACCCAUCAUGCUUUGCAGAACUAUUCCCAGGCAGUCAUGUACUUGCAGGAAGGUUUAAGGUUAGCAGAGCAGCUGGGCCGAAGAGAAGAUGAAGCCAAAAUUCGCCAUGGUCUUGGCCUCUCCCUUUGGGCGAGUGGGAACCUGGAGGAAGCCCAACAUCAGCUCUAUAGAGCAUCAGCCUUGUUUGAAACGAUCCGACACGAGGUGCAGCUGAGCACGGACUACAAGCUCUCCCUCUUUGACCUGCAGACAUCCUCCUACCAGGCCUUGCAGCGAGUACUCGUCAGCCUCGGCCAUCAUGAUGAAGCCCUGGCCGUGGCAGAAAGAGGACGGACAAGGGCGUUUGCAGAUCUCCUGGUAGAACGGCAGACAGGACAGCAGGACUCCGACCCCUACUCCCCAGUCACUAUUGAUCAGAUCUUAGAGAUGGUUAAUGGCCAGAGGGGACUAGUGCUUUACUAUUCCCUGGCUGCAGGCUACCUGUACAGCUGGCUGCUUGCUCCUGGGGCAGGGAUUCUGAAGUUUCACGAACACUACCUGGGAGACAACACGGUGGAAAACUCCAGUGACUUCCAGGCUGGCAGCAGCACAGCCCUUCCAACAGCCACCAGCUCGGCCCUAGAGCAGCACAUCGCCAGCGUCCGGGAGGCCCUGGGUGUGGAAUCUUACUACUCAAGGGCCUGUGCCAGCAGUGAGACAGAGAGUGAAGCCGGAGACAUCAUGGACCAGCAGUUUGAGGAGAUGAACAACAGGCUCAACUCGGUCACCGACCCCACUGGCUUUCUUCGGAUGGUUCGCCGCAACAACCUCUUUAACAGGAGCUGCCAGAGCAUGACCAGCCUGGUCGGCAAUGCCACGUCGCCCGUCAAGGACGGGACCUCCUCUCUUCCCAGGAGGCAGAGCUCGUUCGCCAGGCCGCCGCUCCGCGCUCUGUACGACCUGCUCGUGGCACCCAUGGAAGGGGGCCUGAUGCACUCCAGCGGCCCUGUGGGCCGGCACCGGCAACUGGUCCUGGUUCUCGAGGGGGAGCUCUACCUCAUCCCGUUCGCCCUCCUGAAGGGAAGCUCCUCCAAUGAGUACCUGUACGAGCGCUUCGCCCUCAUCGCCGUCCCUUCCAUCCGCUCCCUCGGUCCUCAGGCCAAGUCUCACCUGCGGAAGAACCCUCCCGCCUACUCCAGCUCCACGUCCAUGGCGGCUGUAGUCGGCAACCCCAAGCUCCCAUCGGCGGUGAUGGACAGGUGGCUGUGGGGCCCGAUGCCGUCAGCUGAGGAGGAGGCCUACAUGGUGUCCGAGCUGCUGGGCUGCCAGCCGCUGGUGGGCAGCGUGGCCACCAAAGAGCGGGUCAUGAGCGCCCUGACCCAGGCCGAGUGCGUCCACUUUGCCACCCACAUCUCUUGGAAACUGUCGGCCUUGGUCCUCACGCCCAGUGUGGAAGGCACCCCCGCUGGCAGCAAGAGCUCCUUCGGCCACCCCUACACCAUCCCUGAGUCCCUGCGGGUGCAGGAUGACACCAGCGAUGGCGAGAGCAUCUCGGACUGCCCGCCGCUGCAGGAGCUGCUGCUCACAGCCGCCGACGUCCUGGACCUGCGGCUGCCUGUGAAGCUAGUGGUUCUCGGCUCCUCUCAGGAGUCCAACAGCAAGGUCACAGCCGACGGGGUCAUUGCGCUGACGCGGGCCUUCCUGGCGGCCGGCGCACAGUGUGUCCUCGUGUCUCUGUGGCCUGUGCCCGUGGCUGCUUCCAAGAUGUUCCUGCACGCCUUGUACUCGUCCCUGCUGAAUGGCCUGAAGGCCAGCGCGGCCCUGGGUGAGGCCAUGAAGGUGGUGCAGAGCAGCAAGGCCUUCUCACACCCCUCCAACUGGGCAGGGUUCUUGCUCAUCGGGAGCGAUGUGAAGCUCAACAGUCCCUCCUCGCUCAUCGGCCAGGCCCUCACCGAGAUCCUCCAGCACCCAGAGCGGGCGCGGGAUGCCCUGCGAGUGCUGCUGCACCUGGUGGAGAAGUCCCUGCAGCGCAUUCAGAACGGGCAGCGCAACGCCAUGUACACAUCCCAGCAGAGCGUGGAGAACAAAGUGGGCGGCAUCCCUGGCUGGCAGGCCCUCCUCACCGCUGUGGGCUUCCGGCUGGACCCCCCGGCCAGUGGCCUGCCAGCAGCCGUCUUCUUCCCAACCUCCGACCCGGGCGACCGGCUCCAGCAGUGCAGCAGCACCAUCCAGUCCCUGCUGGGUCUGCCCAACCCUGCCCUCCAAGCCCUCUGCAAGCUCAUCACUGCCUCGGAGACGGGCGAGCAGCUCAUCAGCCGGGCUGUUAAAAAUAUGGUUGGAAUGCUCCACCAGGUGCUGGUCCAGCUGCAGGCCGGCGAGAAGGAGCAGGACUUCGCAUCAGCCCCCAUUCAGGUCUCCAUCAGCGUCCAGCUGUGGCGGCUCCCGGGAUGUCACGAAUUCCUGGCGGCUCUAGGUUUUGAUCUCUGUGAGGUUGGUCAGGAGGAAGUAAUCCUGAAAACUGGGAAACAAGCCAAUCGACGGACCAUGCACUUUGCGCUCCAAGCCCUGCUCGCACUCUUCGAUUCCACUGAGCUGCCCAAGCGCCUCAGCCUUGACAGCUCGUCCUCCCUGGAGUCUCUGGCCUCAGCCCAGUCUGUCUCCAAUGCUCUGCCCUUGGGCUACCAGCACCCUCCUUUCUCUCCCACCGGUGCAGAGAGCAUAGCCUCAGAUGCCAUCUCUGUGUACAGUCUGAGCUCCAUCGCCUCCUCAAUGAGCUUUGUCUCCAAGCCUGAGGGUGGGUCAGAGGGCGGAGGUCCUCGAGGAAGGCAGGACUAUGACCGGUCCAAGAACGCCUUCCCACAGCGAUCCACCCUGCCUCGGAGCCAGCUGUCCCCCCCGACCCGCCCUGCAGACAGCAAAGACGAAGAAGAAUAUGAAGGGUUUUCCAUCAUCAGCACUGAGCCUUUGGCGGCCUACCAAGAAAACAGACAGACUCGCUUCUCACCAGAUCACAAACAGUCCCGCGUCGGGACAGCUGGCGGUGUGAAAGUUUCGGUAAGCUCCAAGGGGAGCAUAAGCACUCCAAACUCUCCAGUUAAAAUGACUCUGAUUCCCAGCCCAAACUCACCCUUCCAGAAGGUUGGAAAACUAGCAAGUUCAGAUACGGGAGAAUCAGACCAGUCUAGUACAGAAACAGAUAGUACCGUGAAAUCCCAAGAAGAGAGCAACCCAAAGCUCGAUCCACAAGAGUUGGCCCAGAAGAUUCUAGAGGAGACACAAAGCCAUCUCAUUGCGGUGGAACGUCUUCAGAGGGGUAGUGGUCAAGGUAAGGGCACUAAUCCUGAAGAUGGCAUUUCCGUGCCCAACAGCGCAGCUGUCUUCAGAGCAUCAGAAACAAGUGCGUUCAGCAGGCCUGCCCUCUCCCACCAGAAGAGCCAGCCGUCGCCAGUUACUAUCAAACCAAAGCCCCCAGCCAGAAGCUCUUCACUACCCAAGGUGAGUUCAGGAUACAGCAGCCCCACCGCCUCAGAGGCGUCCAUCAAAGACAGCCCGAGCCAGCACAGUGGCCGGCCGUCGCCCGGCUCUGACUCCCAGACCUCCCUGACCGACCAGCCUCUCUUUAAGCUGAAGUAUCCCAGCUCUCCUUACAGUGCUCACAUUUCCAAAUCACCAAGGAACAUGUCCCCGAGCUCAGGCCACCAGUCUCCUGCUGGAAGUGCACCGUCCCCAGCUCUCUCCUACUCCUCAGCUGGCUCCGCUCGCUCGAGUCCAGCUGACGCUCCCGACAUAGACAAGCUGAAGAUGGCAGCCAUCGACGAGAAGGUGCAGGCUGUACACAACCUGAAGAUGUUUUGGCAGAGCACACCCCAGCAUUCCACGGGACCAAUGAAAAUAUUCCGGGGGACCCCUGGGACGAUGACUUCCAAGAGAGAUGUCCUCAGUCUAUUAAACUUGUCACCUCGGCACAGCAAGAAGGAGGAAGGAGCAGACAAGCUGGAACUUAAGGAGCUGUCUUUGCAGCAAUGUGGGGAAACGCCCCCAAAAGCCCCUCCCAACGGACAUUGGCAUACGGAGACCACCUCGCUGAGCACGCUGCCGCUGCCCGCCGGCCCUCCUGCCGCAGUGCCCACACGCCCUUUGAGACUUCCUUCUGGAAACGGCUACAAGUUUCUGUCCCCAGGAAGAUUUUUUCCUUCCUCUAAAUGCUAAAACAUCUUUUAUACCCACCAACACCGGCUUGGAGCACAGCGGCCCACAGCCCAGCUCUCCGCACUCACUUGGCCUGCUCCUGAACGUGGCCGCCCCAGCAUGGGUGCUCUUGGGGCGCGGGCGCCACCACUCCCAGAUGCCACGCACACACACUGGUAGCCCCUCUGGGACUCUGGGCCAGAUUCACCAAAAGCCAGGACUUCUGUGGGGUUGGUACAGGAGGCUCAUGGAAUUUUCUACACAUCACCAAAUGUUUACCUUGGAACUCCCUGCUUCUCAUCUUUGAUGCGAUUCUUCAACAGGAUUUUUGUACAAAAAUGGUCAUGGUUCUGGGGUGGGGAGAGAAAGGGAGCACAUAUUUUGCUAAGAGGUAUAUAUGCAGUACCUUUUAUACAUAGAAAUACAAACAGAGCUUUUUUAAGGCUUUCAGGUGCUGGUUGGGGGUAGGGUAUAUAAAAAUCUCUCUAAGUUGAGUUCUACAUGAAAGUGUUAUAGUAGCCAAAAAACAGGAUACUGGUUUUAAAAAUGCCAAUGAUUUAUAAUUAAAUUGUAGCAGUUUUGGUCUCAUGAUAUUGUAACAUCAGAGUAACAAGGCAAUAAUUUACUUCCUGAACUCUGCUCUUUGAGGGCUACAAAUGUCCCUGGGGCCCCACUGUCAACCAAACUUGAAUUUUCUUAAAAAAAUUUAUGUAACUCUUACCCAGGCAUUUUAGAACUAUGCAAUUGUGAUUUAAAAAUGCAACUUUGUGCUUUUAAAACAUUACUGACCUUUUUUGUACGUGGAUAAACAAAUUGGUUUUAUUAUCAACAGUACUUUGCAUUUAUAGCUGUUAUUUUUAAAAGCUCAAAAAGUUUUUUAAAAUGUCAAAUUUUGAAUAGUCUUCAAUAAGCAAUUAUCAAGUUUGGAGGGGGGAGUUUGAAAUUAUUCAGUUUCCUUAUAAGCAAAAAAAAAAAAAAAACCAAAAAACAAACAAAAAAACAAAAGAAAAAUCCCAUGGCUAACUAGAUUUAACCAGAAUCUAGCCUUCCAGCUCUUAUUCCCUUUAUUACCUGCUUAAUUUUAUUAUCUUUUCCCAAUGCCAGGUUUCUAAAACCCCUUCUGUCCAAAUCUGUCACCAGGUUCCCACAAUCCCAGCACCUCACAUCUGUGAGCUGCAUUUGGACCCUCAUCUUAAUGUGACCAGUGCCCCUUGCUCCUGUGGUCCGAAGGACAAAUCCCCUCCCCCUCACACAGAAGACUUUAAUGUCCACAGCCUCAGAAGCAGGGGGCCUUCUGCUGGGAUAUACAUCUGAAUUACUGCUGAACAGGGAAAGAGAUAUUCCUAAAAGUGUUGGCAUAGAAAAAAAAAAAAAAAGAGGGACUUUUCCUAUAGCUGUAUCAGUUCACUGAUACUGUUGCCAGCUGGGACAAGACAAAAGAACAGUCUAGGUGGGGGUAACCAUUAACAUAUUUAAAUAAAGAAAAGAAGUGCUGAAAAUCAUGUUAGUCCUAAGUUUAGUUGGAGAAUUUACAUAAGCCUCUUUUAGGUAAUUCUAAAAUUGAAAUCCUACCAUCCUCACUUUGAGGGCCCAUCAUACAAAGGUGGGCAGCCUCUUGUCCCAGGACACGAGCCACACAGGGAGUGGACAGGAGGGGCCUGGCAGGAGGGACACUAACAUCAAGACCUCCAGGGAGUUUUUAACCCUGGAUAGGAUCUCACUUUAUAAACAUACACUGACCAGUUAGUUGCCCUGUUCCUCACUGUACUCUGAAAAGAGGAAGAGAUAAUAUUUAUUCAAUUUGUCUUACUCUCCUGAGCUAUGUCAUAGAAGCUUUUUGUGUUUAACCCAACAGCCAUGUUGACAAAAGCAAAAGUAUGUCCCAUUCUAACCCUGAUCCCAACACUGGAAGAAAAAUACUUUAUAAAGAAGCAAGCAACUAUGAGGUUGUCUUUAUGUCUUUUAUAAAUGGUAAUAAAAGUACCAGUGUAGCAAAUAAAAGCCAAGUUUAUAGCACUGUGCAUUUAGAUAGAAAAAUCAGGUCGUCAACAACAAGAAAUAAACCUCAAAGUAAAUUUCUGAAUCCACAUAUAGAUAGUUGGGCUGUUCCUUUCUCAGCAACUCUCAGCCUCUUUCCCAAGUGCCAAGUAGCCCUGGAGGAAAGGCCGGGUCUCUGCUCCAUCCCUGAGGACGAGGGCAAAACCCUGUAGGCCUCCCUCUAGCGCACAUCCUCCACCACCCAGACGGCUUCCCCGUGGUUACCAAGCCAGUGAGGAGGACUCGUGGACCCUAACCUGGUUUUAGUCCUAAAUACAUUUGUUGUUGUAGGUUUCAUGUUGAAAAGCCAAAUGGAAUAUAUGAUUUUUUUUUGGUCCUAGAUAUAAGUUUCAAGGAAGAAAAGCAAAGAUGAUGAAAUAAUAGGACCAAUCUAAAAAUCACUGUAGAGUCGCCGCUUCUUUAUGUUUACUGUCAGUCUUGGUGUUUUCUAUACAAGUGAAAUGGAUGUAAAAUCAAGGUGAAUUUUUCAGGCUACCUUGAAAACAGUAUGCACUUAAAAAUUAUGUGAGAUUGUAUAAUUUGCAAAUUCUUUGUACAGAUCAGAGGUUGGCAAAUGAUGACCCACAGGCUAAAUCUGGUCAGAGGCCCAGAUUUUUACAGCCAUGAGCUAGGAAUGGAUUUUACAUUUUAAAAUAUUUAUAUAAAUAAAUACCUACAUAAUAUUUUUGAUUUUACCUCUUGGUCCACAAAAACGAAGAUAUCUAGCCUUUUAAGAAAAAGUUUGCUGACUCCUGGUAUAGAUGACAGAAAACAAUUAGCAUAAUGUUUUGUUUCUACAAUCUAGGGAAAGUGAGUGUCAGGCUGUGGAUAAAACUGAUAGGAAUGCGUGGGAACCUGAGCCAUGUGGAUGGAAGCGAAUGACCCCUGCAUAGUCCUCGGCUCUUUGCCCCACUUGGAAGGAGUCGAUGGGUGUGGGUGAAAUUUACAAAAAUAUUUUUCCUCACUGUAUGCAGACAGCAUUGGAUAUUAUUUCUUUUUCAGCUCAGGAAACUGGAACCCCUGCCCCUACUCUACUCCAUCAGAUGCAAAUACACCAAAUACAAGCAAUAAAAUCUCCCUCUCCUAGAAACCUUGGUAUGACCACAAAGCAAGGUAGUCGAAUCUGUCUUACUUCUCACCAGUGAACCAUGCAACUACUUCAGUGAUCUUUAACUAAGUCAAUAUACCAAGACGAAAUUAGCUACUCAAGCUUACAUUUUGAUGCGUUUUGGUAUUGGUGUGUAGUAAAAUGAAGAAGUUCUCACCUCCAUCCACUUGAAACGGUCCCUGGUCCACGCGCUGCUGCACACGCUGUCCUCGCUGUGCUUGUCUGUCCCGGUGAAUCCCGGUAGGCGGUCACCUCGGCAAGUCCCCAGCUCAGUGCCUGUCCUGCCACCACCCCCACCACAAGGAGAACAGUCACUUCGUUAGUUUCAGUUCAGGCUGGAAAAAAUGCCACACAAUAAUUUGGUUUGCAUUUAGUAAGUAGGCAGAAUGUGAAAAAUGUAUAAUUUUCAUCACAUAUUUUGUUGUUUUACCUAAAAGAACUGUCCAUGUGCUUUGUGAACUGGGCCCUUGUCUGUGCCAGACCCUUCAAAGAUGUUCCAUGUAAGGACACACGUGGUCACAUCUCCCUUCCUCAGACGCCUUCCCCACUUGGCACUCAUGCCCCUUGUACGCAGUGUUAGCCAUCUUUGGCCUAUGUGGACUUUUUUUUUGUAAAUUACAGUUUUCCAGAUGGCAUUAAACUUUUUAUAUUAUGAAAUUUACCAUGUAAAAAGAACUUCAUAUUUUUAUUGAGAUUGCUAAGGCACUUGGCCUUCCUUUGUGAUUUCAGUGUCUAUUAAAGCAUGAGUUCCUUUGGUUUUAA